UCUGAGCUACAUCGCGGGUUUGGGGGUGGGUGAGGAUGCAAAGGCCAGGAGGAGCCGCGGCGGCUCAGGAGCCCCUGGUGGGCGUCUGAGGAGAAGUCGCCCCAUGAGGAAGCUCUUCAACUUCGGGAGACGCCUGGGCCAGGCGGUCCUGGGCUCCCUCCACCACGAGUACGCGGAUCCCGGGUCCCACACCAGGGACGCGGAACUGCGGAAGACCCACAGAGCGGCCAUCAAGGGCGAGGCCGCGGAGGCGGACUGCCUGGCGCGCAGGAGCCCGGACGUGGAUGCCCGCGACAGGAAGGAUAGGACUGCUCUACAUUUGGCCUGUGCCCAUGGCUGUGUGGAAGUGCUCACUCUCUUGCUGAGCAGAAAAUGCCAGAUUGACAUCUGUGACAGACUGAACAGGACGCCUUUAAUGAAGGCUCUACAUUGCCAGGAAGAGACGUGUUCCAUUAUUCUGCUGGAACAUGGUGCCAAUCCAAACAUUAAGGAUGAUGUCUAUGGCAACACUGCUCUUCAUGAUGCUGUGUGUAAUAAGGAGACUUCACUGGCAGGAAAACUGCUUUCCCACCAUGAAAAUAUUGAGGGUGGAUGGGCUGGACAUCCUGUCUCGCCGAGCUCUCUCCCCGGGCUCCCCUGUGGCCUGUCUCACAGAGCUCUCUUCCUGGGCUCCCCUGUGGCCUAUCUCGCCGAGCUCUCUCCCCGGGGUCCCCUGUGGCCUGUCUCACUGAGCUCUCUUUCCGGGAUCCCCUGUGGCCUGUCUCACCGAGCUCUCUUCCUGGGGUCCCCUGUGGCCUGUCUCGCUGAGCUCUCUCCCCAGGGACCCCCUGUGGCCUGUCUCACCAAGCUCUCUCCCCGGGGUCCCCUGUAG